AGUGGCUCACCACGCGGGCGCCCCCGCAACGCACAAGCCUGCUUACCUACCCAACCCCUCGCGCGACGAAACACAGAGCGAUCUGUUGCCUGAGGCGAGUUCCCUCCCUCCUCUCCGAAAAGUUCUCACCUUGUAGUUAGCAUGUGGCUAUUUAUCCACGUCUCCGCCUGCGCUCACCCACCCCACCCCCACUCGUUGUGAGUACACAGUACACUCGCGAACCGCUCCACCAACACCAGGCCACCGGGAGCGCGGCAGGCCCCGGACGGGAUUGGCAGACGCGCGCAGAGGCACGUACCACUACCGCAGCAGCGCGGGCGCAGGCAGGGACCCGGGCCGGCGGCAUGGGCGUCCUUCGGAGCACGCAGAGCCUUCAGGCGGAGGUGGACGAGCUGCGCGCCGCGCUCCUGGCAGGCGGCGGGCACGAGGCCGCGGGCGGGUGGCGCCGGUCGGCGGGCCACGCGGACGCCAAGCGCAGCCCCGGCGGCGACGCCGGAGGGGCCGCGGCGCGCGCCGUGUGCGUCACGGGAGGGAUCUCCUUCGUCGGGUUCGCCGUCGUCGACCGCCUCCUCCGGCACGGGUACACCGUCCGCCUCGCGCUGGAGACGCAAGAGGACAUGGACAAGCUGCGGGAGAUGGAGAUGUUCGGCGACGACGGCAGGGACGGAGUGUGGACGGUGAUGGCGAACGUGAUGGACCCGGAGAGCCUGCACCGCGCCUUCGACGGAUGCGCUGGCGUGUUCCACACCUCCGCCUUCGUGGACCCCGGCGGCAUGUCCGGCUACACGAAACACAUGGCAACGUUAGAAGCCCAGGCAGCGGAGCGGGUGAUCGAAGCCUGCGUCAGGACAGGGUCCGUCAGGAAAUGUGUCUUCACCUCUUCCUUGCUGGCAUGUGUGUGGAGGCAGAACAACCCUCAUGGCCGGCGGUGCCCUACCAUCAUCGACGAGAGCUGCUGGAGCGACGAGAGCUUUUGCCGCGACAACAAGCUGUGGUUUGCGCUCGGCAAGACGGCAGCGGAAAAGGCUGCCUGGAGGGCGGCGCGGGGACGAGACCUGAAGCUGGUCACCAUCUGCCCCGCGCUCGUCACCGGCCCGGGGUUCCGCCGCCGCAACUCCACCGCGUCCAUCGCGUAUCUCAAAGGGGCUCGUGCAAUGCUCGCCGACGGCCUGCUCGCCACGGCGAACGUGGAGACGGUGGCCGAGGCGCACGUACUCGCGUACGAGGCGAUGGGCGACAACACCGCCGGAGGCAGGUACAUCUGCUACGACCACGUCGUCAAGCGGCCGGAGGAGUUCGCCGAGCUGGAGCGACAGCUGGGGCUGCCGGGAGGGGCCGCGGCCGCGCAGGGCUCUGACGACCGGCCGGCCAGGUUCGAGCUCUGCAAGCGGAAGCUGUCCAGGCUCAUGUCCUCCAGGAGGCGGUGCACGUACGACACCUACUACUCCGUCGCGUUUGACUAGCAAGCUCAGGCGGAAUUGCCAUGAAGGGUUGACCACCAGUCUGCAAUCCCUGUCCCAUUGACAAGUGGACACCGGAAGCGAAGCGGAGAAAUAGCAAAACUCCGCUUGAUUGUCCUUGUGGACGAGAAAGAGCAGGAGGGGAGCCAAGUAUGUGUGCAAUGAUGUACCGGGUGCAAUUUUGUACAGAGUUUUGAUGCAGCAAUAAAGGUGAGUCGCCCAUAGGCAGCGCGCGUCA